UGCCCGCCGGCGGCGGCGGGGGUGACCGGGCGCCAUGGAGGCGGCUCACCGCGCGGCGCUGCUGGCCGCCUCCUGCCUCCGCACCCCGCUCGACCCGCGCACCCGGGCGCCCGCCGCGCUGUACGAGCGGGGGCCGCCGCCCGCCGCCGCCGCGCAGUCAGAAAGCUUUACAAACAUCUCUUCUAAGGAUGGUUUUGAUUUGGAUUCCAAUACCGACAGAGAGCAGACACUCUCUCUAAAUAGGGACUGUGACAAGUGGAUAGACUUUUCCAAAAUGUGCAAUUCAAAUCAAGAAUAUUACUUGAAGUUAGAAGAGUUGAAGAAUGCCCACUUGGAGACCAUGGCAAAAUUAGAAAGCAUGUCUCAGAAUAAACUGUAUUUAAAAGGAGUACAGCCCUUGGACAAGAAAAAUGCUUCUUUUAACAUGUGUUGUAGGCCAACUUGGGAGAAGAGCUCUUAUCAGCCUCUAAAUUUACACACAUCCUUUUCAGACUCUGACUUAAGUGAUCCCUUAGGCUCAAGUAUAUCUGAUAGGUGUGACAGAGAAUUAGCAUUUGAAGAAAAUGGUAGUGAAACUAGAUCAUCUGCAUUUGCUAAGCAACGGAUCAGAAAAAUGUGGGACGGGUUUUCUGUGGAAGACUACAUCUCUCGCACCAAACACAGCUUACCAAGCUUACCAGCCUUCAGAAUGAUAUGGAAGAAACAGAAAGCAUGGUCACCAAAAGUUACUGUGCCCAAGCCUUUCCAGAUGACUAUCAGAGAAGCUAGAAAAAAAGAACAGAAUGUCAAAUCAAAGUCACAGAUUGAAAUGGAAAACAACUUACUGAAGAAGCAACUAGAGGAAGAAGCAGAGUGUCAGAAAAAAUUCCGAGCCAAUCCAGUGCCCGCUGCUGUUUUCCUUCCACUCUACCAUGAAAUCCUGCAACGAAACGAAGAACGCAGGAGGUCUGUGAAAGAGAGAAGCAAACUCAAGCUCUUGGCUUCUCAGAAGCCAUUUAAAUUCCUUGAACGAGAGAAGCAAAGGAAUGAAAUUAGAAAAAUGCAAUUAAGAGACCUUUCCGCACCUGAAAAGAAAACAAACCUGUUCAAAGCAAAACCAGUUUCUAAAUGUGUUUAUAGUCCAGCUGUUAACGACAAGCUAAGGGAGGAAGAGCUCUGCAGAGAAAUCAGGAUCAGAAUGAGAGCUGAAGAGUUGCUACAUAAUUCAUCUCUACCCACCAGCAGACUGGCUUUAAAAGAUACCAAUAAAAAGAAGAAACACAAGUGCAUUGAACCAAAGGAAACAGAACAUAAACCCAAGAUCAAAUCAAGUGUUCCAGAUUUUGAACUACUACACCAGAAGUUUCAGAAACGGCUCCUGCAACAAAAACAAGUGAAACACCUUACAGUCUGUGAACCUUUUGAUCUUCGUACUCCAUAUAUUCCCUCAAACAAGGGGAAGAUUUUGAAGGACAUUCAAGGGGAUGAAGAAAAGUUGAAAGAAACACGCUGGCCAUAUGCCUCUCCAAGACAUAAACCUCAAAUGAGACAUUCAACUGCAAAUUCGCAUCUCUCAGGAUUUGGAGAAUCUAAAUCACCAAGAAUCACAGAAUCCACAAGACGGCGGCUACAAGCCUUAAGGGAUUCACUUGAGGAAAAGAGAAAGCUGGAAGAACAACAAAAAAGGAACAGAACAAAGCAGAAACAAAGAACGAAAAAACUCCAGAAAAUUAUAACAGCUCGGGCUGAGGCCAAUGACCCACAUCAGAGCCUAGCUCAGAUGUCUAAAUCCAAAUUAAAAACAUUCAGGAAUUAUGAGAAGCAGAGAAUGCAAGAAUAUUUGCAAGAGUUGCAAGAAAUGGAAGAAAGAUUAAAACAAAGGCCGUUGCUUUUUGAAAGAGUCACUCAGAAAAAUGCCAGAAUAGCUGCAGAAAAGCAUUAUUCUAGCAGACUGAGAGCGCUGGGGAUUUGCCCAGAGUUUGUUUCAAAGAAAGGAAAAACAACUAAAUUGCUACAAUGCUCCAGUGCUGAAGAUUCUAAUAACUCCACUUAUGCCAGAGAAAGAGUCAUCGAGGAUAAAGUGAAAGAAAGGGAAUCCUUUGAGGAAGCAGCUGACAGCAGUCCUUGGUCUGAGCAGUCCUGUGAGGAGGAGGAGGAGAAGGAGGGAGAGAAGAGAAAAGUUGUCAAAACCUCCACCCAGGAUGGCCAAUCCAGUGAGCUGGAGGAUGAAGAAGAGGCAAGAACCAGCCCUUAUGCUCAUCAACCUUGCCACGCAGGGGAGGCUGGGUCCAGCCCCUCCUCUGACCAGCACCGUGAAGAGGAGGAGGAGGAAGAGGAAGCAAAGGCAGGCCUGUCGCUUGGCCAUUCCCAGGAGGAGGAGGAGGAUCAUUCAAGACCCAGCUCUCGGUCUGGCCAGUCCCAUGAGCAUGAAGAGGAAGGUCAGUCUGACCCUGAAGCUGAGGGUGCCUUCAGAUAUGAGGAUGAGGAAUAUGAAAAUGAUGAUUCAGAAGAGAAACCUAGUGAUGAUGAAGCUGACUGAAAGGAAGGCAGACAGGAUGGCCUGGGGCUCAGGAACCUAUUUCAUUGCUGGCAGUGAAAUGGACACCAAAGAAAAACUUGGUGCUUUGCUACUGAUACAAAAUUCUGUCAAUUUAAACUGCUUAGCUUAACAGUCUUGCCAGUGCAGAAAUUUUGUGUUUUCCAGUAAGAAAGAUCAAGUUACUAAUUUCUACCAAGAAUUUAAUUUUAUAUUAAUCUUUAUUCUAAUCUUUGGUGAUAUUAGUGCACCUCUGUUCAUAAAAUGAAUUGCAACCACUAUUUAAUAAUAAUGUCUUGCAUGCUGUGUUGGUAAGUA